AAGGAAGGGUGGUGUGUGUGUGUGUGUGUUUAGGAAUAAACUUAGGAGGGGGCCAUAAGGGUGGGUUCCUGGAACGUUAGUGCUACUACAAGACUGGAGUCAGGCCUAAAACAUUCCAGGAGAGUGCUUUCGGGAGUGGCCCUGUGAAGGAGUUUGAUGGAGAUUAGGAAUUACAUCCCUGGCACAGUUUUGAGAGCAGAGGGGGAGGUGAGGGUUGAAGAAAAGAGAGCAAGGAAUGCAUGUAGAAGGUACCUAUAUCUCGGUAUGGAAUGGAUUUAGUUCAGUUGCAGAGAGCUGGCGGAUUAAAACACUGAACACCCUAAGAAGCUUUAGAGAUCCGAUUAGUAUGUGGUGCCUUGGAUGACUGGAGGACGUUCUUUUCUGUGUUUCUUAGAAGACAGUACUUCCCCCACUCAGUACUUUUGGUUACUUUUCUGUACAAAGAAUAGGUUAAUACAGAAAUCAGCCUUCUGGGCCAUGCGGGUUCUAAGGCCUGUUUCUUCUCACGAAUCCCAGCAGAAGACAGACGGACCAGUCCUCAGGGUGGAUGACUUCCCCUGCCUGAACAGAAGAUGGGAUAGUACCUGGAUUCUGCCCAUCACUACCCUCUGAGCUUAGUAAACCAGCUGAAUGAAGGGAUGUAAUAGACCCCUGGGAGGGACUUUGAAGUCUGCAGUGUGGGGGGGAGGGGCUUGGACACACCCCUUCCCCCCAGACUCCUCCUCCUCAGAGUUCAUUCAGCCAUGGACUUUGGAACUGGAUAAGAGGAAAAAGCUGCACUUUGGUGGAUCUGAUUUGGAUUCCCAGUUUGGAAAAUGGAGUGUUGGAUGGGGAUUUCAUGAUCUCCAGAGAAGCAACUGAGAGAAGAAAGGUACAUGGCUGCUUCCUAGUCCCAUAUUCUGGAGGAAGCAACCCUAGAACUGGGCGAGAGAGCCAGGAAACCGGGCAGCCUUGAGUCCUCUGUUUGCCCGCCCUCCCCUGUGGGGGCCAGGAUGCUGAAGAAGCAGUCUGCAGGGCUUGUGCUGUGGGGCGCUAUCCUCUUUGUAGCCUGGAACGCCCUGCUGCUCCUCUUCUUCUGGACACGCCCAGCGCCUGGCAGGCCGCCCUCGGACAGUGCUUUUGAUGAUGACCCAGCCAGCCUUACCCGGGAGGUGACCCGCCUGGCUCAGGAUGCUGAGGUGGAGUUGGAACGUCAGCGGUGGCUAUUGCAGCAGAUCAGGGAGCACCAUGCUUUAUGGAGCCAGCGGUGGAGGGUGCCCACUGUGGCACCUCCUGCCCGGCCUCGUGUGCCUGUGACCCCACCGCCAGAUGUGAUCCCCAUCCUGGUCAUUGCCUGUGACCGCAGCACUGUCCGACGCUGUUUGGACAAGCUGCUGCAUUAUCGACCCUCAGCUGAGCACUUCCCUAUCAUUGUCAGCCAGGACUGUGGGCAUGAGGAGACAGCCCAGGUCAUUGCUUCUUAUGGCAGUGCAGUCACGCACAUCCGACAGCCUGACCUAAGCAACAUUGCUGUGCAACCGGACCACCGCAAGUUCCAGGGCUACUAUAAGAUUGCCAGGCACUACCGCUGGGCGCUGGGACAGAUAUUCCAUGAGUUCAAGUUCCCAGCAGCUGUGGUGGUGGAGGAUGAUCUAGAGGUGGCACCAGACUUCUUUGAGUACUUCCAGGCCACUUAUCCACUGCUGAGGGACGACCCCUCUCUCUGGUGUGUAUCUGCUUGGAAUGACAACGGUAAGGAACAGAUGGUGGACUCAAGCAAGCCUGAGCUGCUGUACCGCACAGACUUUUUUCCUGGCCUGGGCUGGCUACUGUUGGCUGAAUUGUGGGAUGAGCUAGAGCCCAAGUGGCCUAAGGCCUUCUGGGACGACUGGAUGCGCCGGCCUGAGCAACGGAAGGGCCGGGCCUGUGUGCGCCCUGAGAUCUCAAGAACGAUGACCUUUGGCCGUAAGGGUGUGAGCCACGGGCAGUUUUUUGACCAGCAUCUUAAGUUCAUCAAGUUGAACCAGCAGUUUGUGCCCUUCACCCAGCUGGACCUGUCAUACCUGCAGCAGGAGGCCUAUGACCGGGAUUUCCUUGCCCGUGUCUAUGGCGCUCCUCAGCUACAGGUGGAGAAAGUGAGGACCAAUGAUCGGAAGGAGCUGGGUGAGGUGCGAGUGCAGUACACAGGCAGGGACAGUUUCAAGGCCUUCGCCAAGGCUCUAGGUGUCAUGGAUGAUCUCAAGUCAGGUGUUCCCAGGGCUGGCUACAGGGGCAUUGUCACCUUCCAGUUCCGGGGCCGCCGUGUCCACCUGGCACCCCCACAGACUUGGGAUGGCUAUGAUCCUAGCUGGAAUUAGCAGCUCUCCCUCUUUGGUUCCUUCCUUGCCAUAUCAUGAGCUGAGAUAGGAUAGCAGUCCCUGGGCUGCAUCAUCCUGUCUGUGUUUUCCUCUUGGGUCCAUUUUAUCCUUUUUUUUUUUUUUUUGAGCGGCAUUCAAGUGCACAAAUGAUAAGGUAAGGGUUUAUUCUCCCGUUCUCAAGGGAGUCAGAUGGGGAACCAUUCUGGGGCAUGUAGGGGGGCAUUAAGCAAGAAACCACUGUGUGGUAGUGGGAGACUUGGACUUGUUGGAACUAGGAAUGUCUAUGUCCUGAGUUUUCUCCAAGUCAUCUAUAGAGAGGUUGGCAACUAACUCUCUUGAUCAAGCCUCUUCUCUCAGCCAGGGCGUGAGCCCUCCUGUACUAUUCUCCUCCUCCACCUACUCCCAAUGUGGGACUGGGUUAUGUGAGAAGGGAACAUAUUUGUGGCCAAAAGGAGACUAACAAAAAGAAUUUCAUUAUGAGGGGUAGGGUAGAGAGUUAUUUGCCAGGGUUUACUGCCUCCAGCUUCCAGCUCUCUCUCCUUACCCUGACUUCCUCUCAGCUCUUCAUUCCCUGCAGCCUAACAAUUUAUGAUUUCUAAGAUGAGAAGUGGAAGAGGGAAGAGCAAAACCCUUCCUUAGCUCAUGUCAGGGCAAAGGUGUAGGAGGAAGCCUCUGUGAGACUACCUUCUUUUUGCUUCAAAGAGACUCUAUCCUUCCCCCUUCUUUUAAAAAUCACUCCCUUCCCUGUUGCUUUAGGAGGGUUCCAUGCUGGCUUUGGUGGGAGACAAAUGAGCUCUUUGUGUCCUUUUCUCCCUGGGGUUUGGUGCACACCUCCCCCUUGAAGGCUUUGGCUUCUGGUGUCUCUCUCCGUGUGAGUUAGAGUAGCUGAGACCAGGACAGCCCUAUCCAUGGAUCAGAUUCUGCUGAGCCUCCCCCAAAUAUUGUCAUGUCCUUACAGAUCAGGAUGCAGAUGGCAGGUUGGAAAGGAAUUUGUGUGUUUUAUUUCUUGCCUGACCUCCGUUUCAUGGAAGAAAGUGGAAUCUACAGAAUUAUUUUCAAAAAUAAAGGCUGAACUGUCUG